GAGAAAAACACGGACAUAUUCUUUAAUUAAUUAUUAGACCAUAUAUACAGACGCUUCAAAUAGUUGGCGCCUUGAGUAUUAUUCGUUUGUUUCUACCGAAAUUACUCUUCGGCUUGUUGAAAUGGAGAUCAUUUGUCCAAUCGAUGCAAAAUAUUCCGAUCAAAUCGCUCGUUUUCUUGCACCUUCAGAUCGACAAGUUGAGGAAUACUUUGAGCAGCUAAUUGCAACCAGAAAGUGUACCGGAAUCAAAGUUAAACACGAUAGCGAUCACGGAAAAGGUGUUUAUGCUGACUCGGAAUUUCAAGAAGGGGAUCUUGUACUGAAAGACCAAAUGCUCUUCGGUGUCCAACAUUCUUCGAACAAGAUUGACUGUUUUGUUUGUGGUUUCUGUUAUCGAUUUAUUAGUUCAAUAGAGCAUCAAAUUGGAAGGAAAUUGUAUCUGCAAAAUUUAGGGGUUUCCACGAACCACGAAUGUGAUCAAGGAACUACUUCUAGUUCAGCUGUGGCAAAUGAUUGGAAUGGAUCGGACUUAUCUGAUGACGAGGCAAAUUCUGACACAGUCGAUUGCCAGAACUUUGGUGAAUGUGCUUCUAGCAAUACUGUUAAAAUACCGCUUCCUAUGGAAGUAGUACUCUCAUUGAUGCAUGAAGAGUUAGUAUUACCUUACUCCGAAAAGUUCUCCCAGCCAUCAGUUAUUCCUUGUCGAGGUGGAUGUAACGAAGGUUGCUAUUGUAGCAAGCUAUGUAUGGAGGCUGACUGGGAGAUGUUUCACUCUUUACUAUGUACUGGAACAGAAUUAAAGUCAAGACGCAAAGAAGCACUGCUAGCAUUCAUAGAACAUGCUAACGAAACGAAUGAUAUAUUUCUUCUUGCUGGCAAGGCAAUUGUUUCAACCAUAUUAAAUUACAGGAAAUUAAAAGCAGCCAAACUGAAACAAAAAGAAAAGUCUGUAUGUUCUGAAGUUUCAGUCGAUUGUGACUGCCAUAUGCUUCUUGAGGCAUGGAAGCCUAUAUCAAUGGGAUUUAAGAGAAGGUGGUGGGAUUGUAUCGCUUUGCCGGACGAUGUUGAUUCUUGUGAUGAAGCUGCAUUUAGGAUGCAGAUCAAGCAGCUGGCAUACACGUCACUAAAACUACUGAAGGAAGCUAUUUUUGACAAGGAAUGUGAGCUAUUAUUUUCGCUUGAUAUCUAUGGAAGUCUUAUUGGCAUGUUUGAGUUGAAUAACCUUGAUUUGGUUGUAGCAUCUCCUGUUGAGGAUUAUUUUUUAUACAUAAAUGAACUGCCGGAAUCUGAAAAGAAAAAGGCUGAGCAAGUAACAAAGCCUUUUCUUAAUGCUCUUGGUGACGACUAUUCAGUCUGUUGUCAAGGCACUGCGUUUUUUCCUUUGCAGAGUUGUAUGAAUCAUUCAUGUCUUCCUAAUGCAAAAGCAUUUAAGCGAGAAGAGGACAGGGAUGGGCAAGCAACAAUUAUUGCUGUCAGAACCAUUCGCAAAGGGGAAGAGAUAACAAUUUCAUAUAUUGAUGAAGAUCUUCCAUUCGAAGAGAGACAAGCAUCUCUAGCGGACUAUGGUUUCAGUUGCAGGUGUCCUAAAUGUUCGGAGGAACAACAGUAGUCAUUCUUCAUCAGAUUUUCUUAAAAUUAAACUUUGGUGUACCAGUGCGGCAUAUCAGAUUUUGUAUCUUGGCAACCAAAAUUGAUGGCUCAAAUGCGUGUAAUGUUACUGUUCUUUCUUCCAUCUGACAGGAUUGUUUUGCAUUUCAUUCUUAACUAGCCUAUCUUCGUAUUAUUAAAUAAAGUAUUUGAUUUUUCUUUUAUCAUAA